AAUACGUGCUGGAGAGAUGCGCUUCUGUGAACGAGUAUUACGACAUUGCGUUCAAGGGCCUCGUUCACUGGCAAAGCAUCGACCUGAUGGAUACUCACAAGUCGAGGUGGCUUCCUCCGGCCUUACUCAAACAGAAACAUUGGCUGAGGGUGAACUUGUUGCUCCCCCAUAAAAUAUGUAUAAAAGAGGACGAGACUUUCUCAUGAUUGUAAUUCACAGUUUAAUAGAAACCCACGGGGAAAAGGAAAAGUUACAUGCAAGUUUAAUUGUGCCGUUAGGGACACUGUGCUGGAUGGAUUGUAUAAUCACACAUCCUGUUGUUUGUGAUUAUAUUGAUUAGUUUUGGAUGCACACUAGAAAAAAACACACCCAACGAGAGUUGGCUCCAGCAUCUUGAGUCCUCUCUCCAUGUUAUUGGCAGCUCAGAGGCGGUGAAUCACAACAUUAGUUCUCCAUUCCCCAUAUAAUAUGAAAAUAAUCGUGCCAAAAAAACAUCAUUAUCUGAUUCAAUGUUGUGAUACAUUUCCUCAGCUUUAAUGUCCUCUUCAGGGGAAUGGAGGGGUGUGAUUGUUUGUCAUAGCGUCAUCUGUAAACUGUCCACCUGUUGUUGUUGUUGUUGUUGUUGUUUUGGCCAGCUGUAACCAUUGUCCCUCUUCUCUGGUGGGGGGGGGUUUGCUCCAGGUAAUGCUGCUCGGAGACUCGUCCGUGGGGAAGACGUGCGUCCUGGUGCGUUUUAAAGAUGGGGCAUUCCUGGGAGGCAACUUUAUAGCCACCGUUGGAAUAGACUUUAGGAAUAAAGUGGUGGCUAUCGACAACCUGAAAGUCAAACUCCAGAUCUGGGACACAGCUGGCCAAGAGAGAUUCCGCAGUGUAACACACGCCUACUACAGAGAUGCCCAGGCGUUACUCCUGCUUUAUGAUAUCACCAGCAAGCUGUCUUUUGACAACACCAGGGCUUGGCUGACUGAAAUACACGAGUAUGCCCAGACGGAUGUGGUCAUCAUGUUGCUCGGCAACAAGGCCGACAUGGCCGCAGAGAGGGUGGUGAAGACGGAGGACGGAGAGAAGCUGGCGAAGGAAUAUGGUGUGCCAUUUAUGGAGACCAGUGCGAAGACAGGAGUCAAUGUGGAGCUGGCCUUCCUCGCUGUAGCAAAGGAGCUGAGGCACAGAGCGACAGCGCAACACAAUGAGCCCAAGUUCCAGAUACACGACUACAUCGAGUCUCAGAAGCACAAGUCUGGCUGCUGUGGCAACAUGUAGCUGAUCCUGAUCACCAGGCAGUGAGAGACACACACACACACACAGAGAGAGAGAGAGAGAAAGAGAGCGAGGGAGGUAAAAAAAGAAGAAGAAAUCUACUCUCUCUUAUGAAAAGCUAAUCCCAGCACCAAAUCUGAGGAGCAGGUGACCUCGUCGUCACCGCUGAGCUUUUAGAUGAAUGGAAAGUGAAUCUGGAUUGGCCGCCAUCCCUUAUCUGAAAUGUGAAAUUAAAUGUCAUGCGUAGAAACGUCUGUGGUCUUUGUGGUGACAGUGUUAUCAAACUACAAGUCAGGAGUUGCAAAUACGAAAUGCAAUAUCCAUUUGCAGGGACAAACCGAAAACGUGCUCAUGAAUGAAAAACAUGGGACCCUUGUGAUUUGUGUUAAUCCGAGUGUAUUACGUUUGGGAAGAAGGUGUCUGCCGGGUCAGACGCAUUGCCCUAAAGGUUAACCCUCAAAUUAUUCUUUAAAAUAUCUAAAUAUGACAAAUGACGGCACAAUUUUCGGCGGGCCCAUCUGUUGUGUUCACUGCCACUGAAACGGAUUUGGCUCGUGUUAGCGGGUCUUGCAGGUGCCAACAUUUGUAAUAAAUAUGUGUCACUAACUAUAUUUGUAUGAGUUAAGUGUAAGUAUUUGGACAGUAUUCAACUUGCCUCAGAGAGUCAUGCAGUGUUAUGUUUGCUCGUGCCUUAGCUAAUUACAGUAACUCGCUAACACGUCGCUAACAUUAGGUCGCUAACAUUAGCUCGCUAACAGCAAACGUGUCCCAUUGCGUCAUCCUUUUCGUCAUCGUCCGUACUCCAGGUCGCCAUCGGCUGAAAUGAUCAGCUACUUGCAUUGUGUUAGCGCUUCAGCCAUUGGUUACAUAUUGUGAUUGUUUUCAGUGGUCUUCACUUUAUGACGCGUUUCAUGACGCGUCAGAGAAUUUGGCUCAACCAAACUUCCCAAAUCAGAAAAAUACUAGAUGUGUAUGAACAUCCAACCGGGACCCCGACAAAAAAUACAUUCCAAUAGAAUUAAACUCUCUAGUUCAACUUUCACAGAUCUGGUUGAUAAUCAACGCAACACAAAAAAAACACAUCACAACUACUUCGCUGGGUUCAUUAAUUUAAUUACAUCAUGGUUGGCUUAUAGUUUGACAUUUUACCAAAAUACGUCAAAAGUAAAUGUAAGAUCCGACAAAACAUAUUUCCCAACGUUUCAAUGUUUUGGGGGAGGGGUAGAUUUUAGGAGGCAGGGCUGUAACAUGUGCCAACCAGAGUCUUUGUGGUUAUGUGAACAGCGCAUGCCAGAUGUGUUAGUGUGUAGUUCCGCUUGACUUCAUGUUUGUAAUUAAACUGUUUUGGUUGCGGUUCAACGGAGCGUCAGAAACCCGGUCGGGUCCAAAGUGAGAUCACCUCUUUGAUCUUUGCGGCGAAACAUUCAAGGUCAAGUCCGUACUUAUUCUCAGAACUGUCACCUUUUCCAUCUUGUAGUUGUAUAUGAACACUCAAUAGGACUGUUGGUGUGCAGCUCUUAGUUUGUUUCCAUCCCUGUUGUACCAGACUGUGACCUGAAUCCCUUUCGGCCUUACAGUCUUCAUCAUUAUUCUUCGCUAACUCAGCAUGUUUGAGAAGUGGACUUCAAUCUCAGUCAGAUUGUAGCUAAAUGAUCCCAUCUGUUCACAUCUGUACUGCUGUUAGCUAGAAUAAAGACAACUUCUUGAGGGC